CGAACACUCCGCACCCGAACGAGCGUCGAAUGGUCAGAGCAAAAUCCGAUAUUUUCAGAAAAGUCAAAAAUGCCCGAUAUUUUGAAGGUGUUGUGAUUGUGUGUUUGCUUUGACUCCCAUCGAAUUGUCUGAACAUUAGUAUUACUAGAAUAUUGUCUUUCGCGUUUGUGAGUUCAAAUUAUCGUUGAGGACCGGAGCUCUCUCAGAGUCUAAUUGUGUCGGAAAUCAUGACAGCUCACUGUUUUGAUCGGGCCAAUUCUUUGCAGAUCGCUGGUGAUCAUAUCCUGAUAUACGAAGCUUACUACAAACAGCUUGAUCCGAAAGAAACCAAUGAAAUCGGAGCGCUCGAUGCGGCCAAAUUUCUUAAAAAAUCCGGACUAAGCGAUGUCGUCCUCAGCCGUAUAUGGGACCAAUCGGAUCCCAGCGGUCGGGGCUUUCUCACUAAAGAGGGCUUCUUCGUGGCACUGAAGCUGAUCGGGCUGGCACAGGAGGGAUCAGAAUUCAACAUCAAGAACAUCUACAAUGAAUUGCCGAAGCCACCCAAAGUGGGUGAUCUGCCAAAGGUUCCCGCUCAAGUCAAACUGGUACCCACGGAGAACACGGAUUGGUCGAUGAAGCCGGAAAAGCGGCAACAGUAUGAACAGCUGUUCGAAUCACUCGGACCGAUGAAUGGCCUCUUGCCGGGAGCAAAGGUCCGCAAUACGUUGAUGAAUUCGAAACUGCCGGUCGACACACUAGGCCGAAUCUGGGACCUAGCCGACCAGGAUCGCGAUGGAAGCCUUGACAAGCACGAAUUUUGCGUAGCAAUGCAUUUGGUCUACGAAGCACUAGACAAACGAGCCAUUCCAGCAACUUUACCGCCACAGCUUCAGCGAAACGCUCAGAACACCACCAGCAACACCAACGGAAGUUUUGAUGCCUUCGGCAGCGGAGGUGACGGAGGUUUUGUAGCGAACUUUCCCACUGACAUUGCACCACCGCCAGUCGUUCCACCUCUUCCAGCGGUUAACCGAGCCGUUGCGCCGCCGAUCGUUCCACCGGCACCACUUGUUCCACUCAUUCCAACCGGCGCCGUGGAUCCGAUGGCAACUGCCGGAAAUACUUGGGUAGUCGGCACACUGGAACGCUGCCGGUACGAAGAAAUUUUCAACAAAAGCGACAUGGAUCGGGACGGGCUCGUUUCUGGGCACGAAAUCAAAGAGGUGUUCAUCCAGUCCGGUCUCGGUCAGAACGUACUGGCACACAUUUGGGCACUAUGCGAUACCAAUCAGAUCGGUAAGCUCCGACUAGAGGAGUUCUGCCUGGCGAUGUGGCUCGUGGAACGAGCUAAAAAAGGAAUUGAUCCGCCGCAGGCGCUGGCCCCGAAUAUGGUGCCACCCAGCCUAAGGAAGAACUCGCUCAUCGCCGCACCGGAACCCAAACCGACUUACAACAACCCGGAGCUGGAGAUGAUUUCCAAAGAAAUCGAAGAACUAGCCAAAGAGAGGCGCUUGUUAGAACAGGAAGUUGCCCAGAAAGAAGCUGACGUUCGAAUAAAAAAUGGUGAAAUGCGAAGCUUACAGAGCGAACUGGACACCUUGACGGCGACACUAAAGCAAUUGGAAAAUCAGAAGGGUGAAGCACAGAAACGGCUCGACGAUCUCAAGAACCAGAAAGUUGAGGUAGAUACCGCCAUUGCUAGUGCCCGGGAGCAGGUGAACAAAAUUCGUGAGCAAUGUCAGAAGCAGGAGGCUACACUCAAAGAACAGGAAGGUGAACUGGAUUCGCGACGUUCGGAACUGCAAAAGCUAAAAGACGAAGAGCAUGCCCUCGAAAAGGAAUACAAUGCCGGUACCAAAGACGUCGACAGGCUGACUUCGCAGCUGCAAGACACGCAGCUCGAAAUCAGUCAGGUCAAGGCGAUGGUUACUCAAAUCCAAGAGUACCAACGGCAGAUGACCGAUGCUUUGGCUAUGUUCCGAAACGCGAUCGACACCAACGAUCCGGUGCUGGUGUCGGAUUACUCUUUGAAAAUUGAACCCGAAUUUAGAGAGGCCAAGCAGGCCCUCGAGGAGAAGGAAGUGGAGAACGCCAACAAACGGGAUCCCUUCGGGGAUAACAAGGCAAACGGUUUCGGUGCUUCCGAAGGGGAGACAGGUUUCGGCGAUGAUUUUAAAACGAACGGUUUUGCCACGCAAUUCGACUCCAGUAAUGGAUUCCAGAGCGGUGGAUUCGAGGACGGUUUUAGUAGCGCGUUCGAUAACAAGCCCAGUGAUCCGUUUGCCUCUUCGACGGGAGGUGUUGCGGCGGACCCAUUUGCCGAAAGCAAAGGAACCAUACCAGAUGCUUCCAAGGACGAGUUUGGAUGUGAUCCGUUUGCCGUACUACACGCGCCAACCACCGCUAGUCAGAUUGUCUCCCCUAGCCCCAGUAAGUCGGUAGCACCUCCCCGGCCGGAAUCCCCUAGUCCUGCUUUGCCUCCGAAGAAGGCGAAACAGCCUCCACCGAGGCCCGCCCCACCAAGGCCGCUACAGGGUCCCACGCCGACGAAACCAGCGCCCCCAGCGUCGAUGAUGUCAUCGGACGCGUUCGGUGAUAGCAGCAGUGGCGGUGGUUUUGCCAACUUCGCUGACUUCGACAAUAAGAACCUCAAACCUGCGGCCCCUUCCCCCUCUACGGUACUGCCGUCCUCUGACACUUCCGCGUCCAUGUUUGGCUCAACGUCAGUGCUAUCCCCUUCCCCAAUAGGGGGAAGAGGUGCUUCGGUGUCACCGAUUCCCAGUCGCGUUACUGGAACAACAACGCUGCCAAUCCUACUGGGCGCAAACACUCCAACCUCCAGGGUAUUAUCGGUGUCACCUGCAACGGUCGCCCCAGCAGCUCUGGCUGUUACGGCCAGUAAAACUGCCACUAUUUCGACGACACCGACGGUGACGGCGGUUGAUUUCACCGAUGAUCCGUUUAAGGAUUAUCGCUAUGAGGAUCCAUUUAAUAUCCAGGACCCAUUUGCCGAUGACGACGAGGGAACCAGCUCCGAAGAUCCUUUCUCCUCUGAUUCAAAUACAUUGAACAACAAUGGCAGUCUCAAACGGACUCAGGAUUCUAAGCAGAGCACGUCGACCGUCAGCAAUUUCGAUGAUCUCUUUGGGGAUGUUCAGAACAACAAUUUUGGUUCAUUUGGAGGUCUCACGACAUCCACCAGCAGUAACAAACAAUCCGCAGUCUCCGACCCAUUCGACGCGUUCAAUGAUAAUUUUAGCAAGAAUUCUACAACACACAAAGUGGACACCAAGCAGGAUCUUCUGUUUCGGGCAUUUGGAGCAACUGAAGCCCAAAAUAGUAAGGAGGACGCAUUUUUCGGAGCUGCGGCAAAGGCCAGCCCAUUUGAGGAUGAAUUCGCUCGGAUGGAUGAUGGUUUCGCUAAAAUGGAUAUUUCAAACAAUAAUAGCGGAAAUAGCAAGUUUGGCGCAAAUGGCGCGUCGACGACCAACGAUUUUGCUAAUUUUGAUGUGUUCAGCAACAUCACCCAGAACUUCAAGAAUAAUAGUAAUUCUGAUAGCUGGAAUCGCAGAGCCACUAAGAAGGUGAGCGUGUUUGAAGAUGACUUUCCGUCGCCGAAGAAGAGUUUGCCGACCAAGUUUUCCGAAGACUACUCUCGAGACGAUGACUUUGGCGCAGAUUUGGAAACGGUGUUGCAGCGGUCGAAAAUCGAAAAAUGAGGUAACCAUGUGGAUUGUUGAAUUUGUUGAGUUUUCAUAAGAUUUGUUAUUUCCAAUUUUUCACACAUGUGCCUAGGCAUUCAAAGAGUAUCUAUGUGCGCAGAUCCAAGAGCAAAACAUAGACUAUAACUGAAUUUUACUACUUAACCUUUUUCUCACAGAAUCUUGUGUCAUUCCUUUCGUUUAUUGAUAACGUGUAAAUUCACGUAACGAUCUAUUCUCUAAAUGUUGUGAAACGCUGAGAUUUCGCUUAAUGCUCUGUACUAAGUACCUACCAAAUCGAACCUCUUUCACCGAAUAAACUGUUUUUGUUACGAUCGCCUCGAAUUUCGUUUUACGAAUCGAACCACAAAUAUUCCAUCACCGCAAGAGCUUUAAUAUACAUCUUUAACAUAUCAAUACGGGAAGCAAUAUAUUAGGCAUUUUGUUGGAAAAAGUCUGAAACAUGGAACUGUAUUGGGAAAGGGUAGAGUGUACGAAUGCGUGUACAUAUUUUGUUUUAAGUUUGUGUAUAGUUUUCGUUCAUGAGAGAUUUCAAAAUGGUCCGGAAUUGAAAAUGUUUCGUUGGUGCAUUUUUUCAAGAGUGCUAUUUUCUGAUAUUCUACCUGCUUUUCUUAACCGGCAAAGAACUGUGCUUUGUUAUAAAGACUUCGAUAUACCCUAAAAGUAUUCUUAUUUCAAAUCAAGCAGUGUAUAGAUAAAGCUGAUACAAAUCUGAAAACUUACCAUUGGAUUGAUACGCUUAGAAAAAUUGUUAUCUGUUUGUAUUAAUUAUUCCAUAUUAAGAAAGUUUCAUGAAUACUGAUGUAAAUGUCUUUAGUGAAACAAAUUCGAGAAACACUAUUUAAGCUA